AUGCAAUUUAAAAGCUACUGCUACUUUGUGGGCAGAUCCAUCAAGAAUUGGGACCAAGCCCAAUCGUACUGCAAAAGGUGGGGAGGAGAACUGGUGAAGAUCAACAGCUUCGAUGAAAACGAGUUUGUACUGAAGCUGGUUCACAGCCGUGCGCCAUCACUGAAACAAGUUUGGAUAGGGCUAAAGUGGAAUCCAAGCGUCAACAAGUUCCUUUGGUCCGACAACUCAGUACCAUUCUUCAAGUUCUGGGCUCCGGGUGAACCGAAUGGAAAAUCCUCGGAGCCAUGCGGCAACAUGUGGAUUGCGCGCUCAACCCACCUGCCUUACCAUGCUAGUGGUUACUGGAAUGAUCUUUCCUGCGGAAUCCGCUGGCAAUAUCCCUGUGGUUAUGUCUGCAAGAAGAUGUCAUCGUGA